GAGCGUGCUUCAUCCUUUAAUGCUCAGUAGCCGGCUAACGUUUCUAUUCUACAGAACUGAUCGCUAACCGUUAGCAACGCCAUCUGCUAGCAACUGAGCUCCUAUGAACGACCUUGUGUUUGUUGAUGAAUGAGCACGAUGUAAAUAUUUUAUUAAUUCAUAUCAAAUGAAUGGCCGGAGACUAUGCAUAUAUGUUGUCAAUCAACUAUCUGUGUUUUAACUGGUUAGAAUAAGUCCUUAUUUUCACCGACACUGUUGCUGUCAGCGCCUGCCACUCAAGAUUCCCCCGCCCCGGCGCGUUCAGCCAAUCGGAACAUCUUUCCACUAGAUUGACUUCACUUUCAGCCAAUGGAAAGCUCGCUAAUCUAUGACAUUCCUUCCAUCAACGUUUAAUCGGGCUGGCUUCUCUUUCCGGCGCAGUGCUCUGGAUGCUGAUGCUGAGGACGCCUGUAUCCAGUAGAAUCAGUUGACCAAGGCUCGCCAAGAUGUUACAUUUCUUGAGGCUGCAGCAUUAUGUCUGCGUGUAUGUUUAUGUUUAUCUCGGCCUCCUACUUAUGUUUAUCACCGGCCUGCAGCAGGUAGACGCAGCUGCUGUAACGGAGAUGGCCAAUUUAAAUUGGAAACCGUUCAUUUACGGAGGGAUGGCCUCGAUUGUCGCAGAAUUCGGUACGUUUCCCAUCGACUGUACCAAGACGAGGCUACAGGUCCAGGGUCAGGCCCAGUACAUGGAGGUGCGCUACAAGGGGAUGUUCCAUGCCCUCUACAGGAUCGGCAAGGAGGAGGGCGUCAAGGCACUCUACUCAGGGAUUUCCCCGGCGCUGCUGAGACAAGCUUCAUACGGGACAAUCAAGAUCGGAACGUACAACACCCUCAAGAGACUGUUUGUCACCAAUCCCGAAGAUGAAACCAUGGUGAUCAACGUGUUCUGUGGGGUGGUUUCCGGAGUGCUGUCGUCCUCCAUGGCCAAUCCCACCGACGUCCUCAAGAUCCGCAUGCAGGCCCAGGGUAGCUUGCUCCAAGGCAGCAUGAUCUCCAACUUCGUCAACAUCUACAAGACGGAAGGCACCAGGGGGCUGUGGAGGGUAAGUCGUUGUUCGGGAUCCGAUCGCAAAACAAACGCACAGGAAGUUAAAACAAAACCUCAAUGUUUGAACCCUGGACGGGUCUGGCGUCAUGACGUGUGGUCCCGUGGGCGUUCCCCUUCUCCCCAGGGGGUGAUUCCCACGGCCCAGCGGGCGGCCAUCGUCGUCGGGGUGGAACUCCCCGUCUACGACAUCACGAAGAAGCACCUCAUCAGCUCGGGCACGAUGGGAGACACCAUUUUGACGCACUUCAUCUCCAGCUUCACGUGCGGCCUGGCCGGGGCGGUGGCGUCCAACCCGGUGGACGUGGUGCGCACGCGCAUGAUGAACCAGCGCGCCCUGUCCGGAGGCCCCGCCUACAAGGGCACGCUGGACGGCGUGAUGCAGACGUGGAAGAACGAGGGGUUCUUCGCCCUCUACAAGGGCUUCUGGCCCAACUGGCUGAGGCUGGGGCCCUGGAACAUCAUCUUCUUCAUCACCUUCGAGAAGCUGAAGCAGAUGCCCUUGUAACGCCAGCCUGCGGUCGGACACUCCUUUUAAACCAUGAAGCCUACAGUCUGCAAGGGCCGCUUAAGCAGGUGCCCUCGUAGAGCCGACCUGGGCGGGACUCUCCUUUUUAACCAUGAAGCGCGACUGUUUGUUAACGUGUUGGGUGCGUGUGUAAGGAGCAGAACCACUGGCAUGUUCCUGAUGUUGGCCCCCCAUCCCCCCCCCCCCCACCUCACUCUCGAUAAACACCAGCGCCUGCACGCACUCACCCCCCCCCCCCUCCCCCCCCCAAAACGACACGUUGAUAAAGCGUCUGCUUUUGUAUUUACUUUCCCAUCACUUCUUUUUAUUUAUGUGUGCGGUGGUUUGAAAGCGGUGCAAUACUAGAGCGCGUUUGUCAUUUGUUUUUCACUCUUAUCAUUGUCGGCAAACCCUGAGCUGGCAGCUGAGGGUCUGGCUGAACAGGGGACGCCAUCCCAGAGCGGACAAGAUGGGUUUACUCACCGCUGCAAAGCCCGCCCCGCUAGUUAUAAGUGUUUUUUUCCGUUUGGCUGACCAAAGGGCUUGUCUGCUUUGGUUUGGGUUUACUUGACGUCUUGGCAUUAGCUUUAUGUCAAGUAUUUUAUGAAUGUACUUUGUUUUUUAAUUUUUUUUAUAGUUACAAUUUAGGAACGGGUUCUUGGCAACCGCUCUUAUAUACGCAAAAGUGUGUGAACGGUAAAAACUAUUUGUAUAGACAAACUUUGUUGUGUGUGUGUGUGUGUGUGUGUGUGUGUGUGCCCUGGCCAGCACGUGAUUGCAUGCCAUGUGCCAUGGAGUGUUUUGCACUUUAAUCGAACUGUUGUUGAACUCUGAGACUCUUGACACAUAGGUAACCAAUAUUCAAGAUUCAUCAGGUGUGUCCCGCCCACUCUUCGCCAUGGCGACAUGCGGUGGGAGGGUGUGGUUCUGGGAACGGUGGACAGCAUUUUAAAGUCUAACUAUCUUUUCUGUAGAACCGACAUUCCCACAAAACUGUAUAUCCUUACUCCCGAAAGCCAAAUUCCGACCAGUUUUGGUUGUUACCAUUUCUGAUAGUGUUAACCAUCGGAAAGCCUGAUAUGAAUUUUUUAUUUGGAAUUAUGACAUGUAGUUUUACUAGUAAUAUUGCUAAAAUGAUCAAUGAACAAUCAUGUAUCUCAGUUAUAGUUUCUGGGAGAAAAAAAAGACAAGGCAACGUCAGUGGCAAGACAUUGCUUGACACUGGGAUAUUAGAUUGAUUUAACAAAUUGAGGCUCUCUGUGAGCCUAUAAAUAUACAGAUGCAAUUAUGCAUUCAUCAUGAUUUGUCUUAAACUCCUUAAAUUCCUUAUAGGACCAACCCAGAAUCCUUACCAAAGCAGCCUACAACUGCAAUAGACUUAUUUGUAGCCUUUUAAGUCACAUCUUCAGUGUCCCUCAUUGGUGAUACCAUUGUGUUGCGAGGUGGGGAUCCACCUUCUGUGUAGAUGACGUCUAAACAUGGAUGCAGUUCAUUCAAUUCUGAUUCUAAGCACUUGUGCAUAGGAUGCACACUGCAAACCCCGGGGCAUCGGAAAGAUUUGCACGUGCUUCAGUUCUCAUCCGUUAUUUGCCAAAAAUCAUGCAGAGUUAAAGGCACCCAGUGCAACUUUCGAGGCUUAAAAAUAAACAUUCAAUUUCUAGUAUUUUUUACACGUAGUAAGUUUCAAUAACUCCAUACCAUUACAUACCGACAUUUAAGCAGCAAAGAUGAGACGUCGUUGUGUGGUGAGAACUGAUACAAAAUCGAUAACAACAACAAUGCCGCCAUUUUCUUUAUUUUUUGUAACCUACAAUAAAUAAAGCAGGCUUCCAGUCAAUGGAAAAAUGGCUUCUCCCCACCGGCGAUUGUUGUUGUUUACGAUUUUCUAUCAGUUCUCACCACACAACGACGUCUCAUCUUUGCUCCUUGAAUGUCGAUAUGUAAUGGUAUGGAGUUAUUGAAACUUACUAUGUGUAAAAAAGACUAGAAAUUGAAUGUUUAUUUUUCAUUGAAUGUUUACAUAAAGUUGCACUGGGUGCCUUUAAGAAGUGCUGAGUUUCGCACCGCAGCAUUAUUCUGCUGUCAUCCCCAUUAGCAUUGACUCUGUUCUCCACCCACACGUAUUACAGGAUGACGCACGGUAUUAAGAUGAACUUUGCAUAUACAAAUAUUUCUGUGUGUAGUCUUGACAAAAUUCAAAAAGGUCAGUAAUGAGUGUCAAGGUGUGCAGUUAGAAAGUGGCCAGUGAACGAAGGCAGAGACUGCCUUUAGCUGAGGAUUAUUCUUUUAUUUUCUUCCUGGUUCUGGGGCUUCAAUAUGUUAGCCUGGUGACCAUGCUGAUUACGUGAACUCACAUUUUGAGGUCACGUGAUCAGCCUGGUCUCCAAGCUACCCAUUAUAAAGCACCUUGGGUCCUGAGGGCUAUAGAAAAGGGAAUAGUGUAAACUAACUAUUAACAAAAAUUUGGUUCAUAUAUAAUAAUUACUUCCACCUUUUAACUGUAACCAAACAAAAACAUGACAACUUAAGAAUGUGAAUCUUCCUUGUUACUGAUUGGUCGGGUCAAAAUAUUUUUUUAUUGGUUUUAUGUUGUAGUUGCUCCUUUUUGGAGGCCUUUUACAGAACUUUUCUUUUUAUGAUUACUGUUUGUAUCAUGUUGCUUGGAGAACAACUUUCAGUAUGUCCUGCCGGUAUUUCUGAGACGGCUUUUCUUCCCCGUAGAUGCAGACUAGAGACCUGUCUGAUCUCUUUCACACAGAAAAAUAUAUUAUUUAGCCUGAGGUCUGAAUAUGCGUUACCUCAUUGGAGCCUACACUUGACUUCCUGCUUUAGUCUCAUCUCUAUUGGAUAAGAACAUUUCAUUGUGCUCUAACCCAGCCUCUUGGGAUUUCACCAUUGCUUUCAUGUUAUGUCACCUAGUUAUUCGUUCACACAUCCUUUUCGCAAAGAAACGACUUCAGGCUAAUAUAGAACAUGAAUAAAUGAGGUAAUCUAUUGGUUAUAGGAGUGUCUCCAUGUACAGUCAACAAUUUUCAAUCAGUUUCAACCAUGUCAAGUUCAGUUAUGGUCAGCUGCCCUCAUCAAUUGUAUGUUCUGUGCAUCGUUACACGCUUGCACACACUUGAGAUGACUGGUGUGUCAAGAUGAGCAGCAUACAUUUCUGUUGUGCCAAAUUCAACAUACAUGCUCCGAGAAAGAGCAUAUCUGAUUAUACGUAGCAAGUGGAAAAUAUUUUUAAACAAAUGUUUCCUAAUUAUUUGGCUGAAUGAUGCAAUUGUGCAUAUUAUAAUGGCGGAAUUUGUGUUUGGUGUGGUGCAAACAGCUGUUUGUUGUCUUGGCUUCUUAUAUUUUGUAGAUUUUCUAUGAUUUGAUUGAUAAUUGGCAAUACCCUGACUUCAACCAGUCCUUUAACAUGUUUUUAAUGUUUUAUCAAAGCUAGAUUUGUGUAAGAAGGUGUAUACUUGUGCAGUACCUGGAGAUUUAAACCAAAAUGGAUACACAAAGUGCAGUUUAUUGUUGACAUGGCAAUUGUGGGAGGAAGGUUGCGUGUACAAAAUGUACAGUCCUGGGGCUUGCUUUUCUGUCUUGCAAAAUCCAGGUUCUUUUUUUUCACGUUGCACAUAAUGUUUUUAUUUGUUUUUUAAACUUGUCUUUAAUAUGUACAUUCAGUUCAUCAUAAAAUGUCUGUUUUAAAUAUUCUUUAAAUGUGGCGUUGGGCAAAUAUAAUUGCUUUGGUUUUACAAUAGGUACUUUUUAAAUUGUAGUCUUUUUCAGAUUACAGAUGUUUGUAUUUAUUGUGUACUUCACUGGGAAAACCUGCGUUUAUGAAUGUGAUCUGAUUGCAUUCUUUUAAAUGAUUCUGAUAACUGAUUGGUAUCAAUUGUUUUCCAUGUAUGUGUAUGUCUACCCUACCGAUCCAAUUCAAAUUAGUUAUUCCAAACAAAAGCUGUGAUCAUUUAGUCAUUUUCUCUUUUACAAUUGGAAUACUCUAGUACUGUCUCUUUAUUCUACCACACCUCUUUGACAAAAAACAUCAUUUUUGCUGUUAUUACCUGCUUAGUAUACUGAGUUAUACAAAUCAUCCACUAGUCUCUCCUACUCACCCUUUUUUGGCAUGACGACUCAACAUUUUGCCACCCCUUACAACAAGUUCAUGUGUAAAGAAUUGGCCGAUACUUUUCAGCUCUACUGCACUUGGGCAACAUGUCCAUUGAACUUUUAUGUCACAGUUCCCUCUCGAUUGUUUGGGCAUGGCUUGGUAUGGUUGAGAUGAUGGGUCAACUAUUAUUUUUCCUUUUGCUAGUUUGUUUGGCUUCAUAUAAAAAGACAUGUGGGCCUACUGUAAUAAACGAUAUUCACUUAUGGUU